GAAGAAACCCACCCCAAAAUCUGCCAUAUUUCUUCCCACGCAGGCCACCACGCUAUCUACUACCUCCCUCCCUCCCUCUUGUCUACUACUCCACCUCCUCCUCCUCGAGAUAUAGUAAUAGAUAUAGAUAGAGAGAGAGAGAGAGAGGAGAUCUGGGCUCUGUCCGAAAUGGCGAUGGAUCCUCGUCAAGUGGUUGCAGGAGUGCUAACUGUCACCAUGUUUGUCAUGCUUGGAAACAUGAUCAAGCGCGACCAUUUCGAUUCUCUUCAAGUGAAUGACUCCGAAAUCCCCUCUCUCCACGACAGCACCAAGGCUUCUGAGCAGAGCCUCGUUACUCUUCCUGAUGGGGGAGCUGAUGCACCUUGGAAGAAGGAUGGCUCCACCCUCAAGCCCUGCUGGACUAAGCCUGUUCUGGAGGAAGUAGAGCAAUCGCAAGGGUUUGUUACAUUCUCCUUCACUAAUGGCCCUGAAUAUCACGUCUCGCAGAUAACUGACGCAGUAAAGGUGGCAAGGUACCUACGGGCAACUCUUGUCCUCCCAGACAUUAGGGGAAGCAAGCCUGGUGAUAAAUGGAACUUUGAAGAAAUAUAUGAUGUUGAGAAGUUGGUCAAGAGCUUGGAUGGGGUGCUGAAAAUAGCAAAGCAUCAACCCUCCAAAAUAUCAACACGAAACCUUGCCGUGGUGAAGGUCCCCAAUCUAGUUACUGAGGAAUUUAUAGCAGAAAACAUUGAACCGGUUUUCAGGACCAAGGGAAACAUAAGGCUAGCUACAUACUUCCCCUCAGUCAAUAUGAGGAAGACUGAAGAAACCAGCAAAAUUGAUUCGGUUGCAUGCAUGGCAAUGUUUGGAUCUCUAAAUCUGCAGCCUGCAGUGCGUGAAGUAGUUGACUCGAUGAUUGAACGCCUAAGGACUCUGGGCCGGAAGACAAGUGGACGGUUCAUUGCAGUAGACUUGAGGGUUGAUAUACUAGAGAAAAAGGGGUGUCAAGGAAGUGGUACCUCUAGAUCGAAGAGCUGUUAUGGUCCUCAAGAGGUAGCAUUAUUUUUGAGAAAGAUUGGGUUCGACAAAGAUACUACACUAUAUCUUACUCAAUCCAGAUGGGACAGCAGCCUUGAUGCUCUGAAGGAUUUCUUCCCAAAAACUUACACAAAGGAAGGCAUAAUGCCUGCAGAUAAAAAGGAAAAGUUCCUUGACUCCGAGGCUUCAGAACUCGAGAAGGUUAUUGACUUCUACAUUUCCACUGAAAGUGAUGUAUUUGUACCAGCCAUCUCCGGUCUGUUCUAUGCCAAUGCGGCUGGUCAGAGAAUUGCUUCUGGCAGGACUCAGAUACUUGUUCCGGCAAAAAUUCCUGGUUCCUCUGCCUCUUCUGGGGAUUUUAUGUCCCAUUACGUCACAAAAAGGAACCACUUUGCUUAUUCGUGUUUCUGCUAGCUCUCAAUUAAGAAGAUGAAUAGAGAUUUCAGGUGCCACGGAGGUUUCUUCUGAUCACGUGUGCUUUUGGUGAUUGAAAUUUUCUUUGCAAGCAGCAGACCAACAAGUUGGAUUUAGAAUGUAUACUUUCGGAAGAUACACAUUAUAUGGUAUUAAAUAGUCAGUGCUGUGUAUUUGUGUUGCGAGGUCAUUUGGCAUCUGCGACUGCAGGACAUUUUGAAACCAAAUUUGUGUAGAAUACAUAUGCAAAAACCAUUUUGAUAAGAAUUGGUUCGCUGCGGAUGAACUAAUAUGUAGUACGUUUUCUGACGCC